AUGACUGAUCAGGAAAUCCUUCAAAACUUGAAGGAACGGCAUGGAUGGAGCUCGCAAGAUAAGGGUGCUGGCGGAAAUUGCCUUUUCCUCUCCAUGGCUCCACAAAUUACUGCGAAAGAUGUGGAAGAGAGCUUGGGAAGUGAGCUUGCAGAGAAGUGGAAGGACAUGCCCCUGCGAGAAAAGGCUUCGCAACUUCGCAGAUUGGCAAUUCUUGAUGAGACAAAGUUUAUCACAGAGUUGAAAGCACUCUCCGCCACCAGUGAGCCGCUGCCAUCACCAGUUGAGUGGCGCUUGCGAGAGCUUUUCACGGACAUGGCAGAGGAGUUCAUCAGCAGCAACAAGACAGAGCUGGCAGCCGGCAUACUUCCGCCAAGCACCUUGCAAGGGUCAUCAGGGUCCAAGUGCGCAAAGUGGUUGCAGAGUAUUCUUUGGACCAGAUGUGCGAGUAUGUUCUGA